UGGUGUCCAGAUUAAACAGAGCCUUCAGAGAUUAGUGGGCUACUUUCCCUGUUUCUGAGCUCUGGGACAGAUCCAGAUGCCUGUCUUGUCAGUAUGCGCUAGCUAUCACCUGACACCUGUGGGGGACGGAGCACUCUGAGCAUUUAAAAAAUAUUGUGCUGCCGGCUCCUUCUGCCUACCAUGGUGUCUGAAGAGAGGCCUGCUUUCAUUUGAAUUGUUUUUCAGAACACCGGAGGCAAGGACUUCUGCUGGAGUGAAAUGGAGGCCUCGGUGAUAUUGCCCAUCCUGAAGAAAAAGCUGGCCUUUCUUUCAGGAGGAAAGGACAGGCGCAGUGGACUCAUCCUGACCAUUCCGUUAUGCCUGGAACAGACAAAUAUGGAUGAGCUGAGUGUCACUUUGGACUAUCUACUCAGCAUUCCAAGUGAGAAAUGUAAGGCCCGAGGAUUUACCGUGAUCGUGGAUGGCAGGAAGUCUCAGUGGAAUGUGGUGAAGACAGUAGUCUUAAUGCUGCAGAAUGUUGUUCCAGCUGAGGUAUCCCUUGUAUGUGUAGUGAAGCCAGAUGAAUUCUGGGAUAAGAAAGUAACACACUUUUGUUUUUGGAAAGAAAAGGAUAGACUUGGCUUUGAGGUUAUUUUAGUGUCUGCCAAUAAGCUGACUCGUUACAUAGAGCCAUGCCAGCUGACAGAAGACUUUGGUGGGAGUCUUACCUACGAUCACAUGGACUGGCUAAAUAAGAGGCUGGUCUUUGAGAAGUUUACAAAGGAGUCUACAUCAUUACUGGAUGAGCUGGCUCUGAUUAACAAUGGAAGUGAUAAGGGGAAUGAGCAGGAGAAGGAGAGGUCUGUGGACUUAAACUUUCUUCCGUCUGUUGAUCCUGAGACAGUCCUUCAGACAGGGCAUGAGUUGUUGUCUGAAUUACAGCAGCGUCGGUUUAACGGCUCUGAUGGAGGGGUCUCGUGGUCUCCUAUGGAUGAUGAGCUGCUCGCACAGCCACAGGUUAUGAAGCUGUUAGACUCACUCCGGGAGCAGUACACGCGCUACCAGGAAGUCUGCAGGCAGCGCAGUAAGCGCACGCAGUUAGAGGAGAUCCAGCAGAAGGUGAUGCAGGUUGUGAACUGGCUUGAAGGGCCUGGAUCUGAACAGCUGAGAGCACAGUGGGGGAUUGGUGACUCCAUCAGGGCUUCCCAGGCCCUGCAACAAAAGCAUGAGGAGAUCGAGAGCCAGCACAGUGAGUGGUUUGCAGUAUAUGUGGAGCUUAACCAGCAGAUUGCAGCACUCUUGAACGCUGGGGACGAGGAAGAUCUCGUGGAGUUGAAGUCUCUGCAGCAACAGCUUAGCGAUGUUUGCUACCGACAGGCCAGUCAGCUAGAGUUCAGGCAAAAUCUCCUACAGGCAGCUUUGGAAUUUCAUGGUGUGGCCCAAGAUUUAUCUCAGCAGUUGGAUGGCUUAUUAGGUAUGUUGUGCGUAGACGUAGCACCAGCUGAUGGAGCAUCGAUUCAGCAAACUUUAAAACUGCUUGAAGAGAAGCUGAAAAGUGUUGAUGUGGGAUUACAAGGCUUACGAGAAAAAGGUCAAGGUCUCCUGGAUCAGAUCUCCAAUCAGGCUUCCUGGGCCUACGGAAAGGAUGUAACUAUUGAAAAUAAAGAAAACGUGGACCACAUACAAGGAGUGAUGGAAGACAUGCAGCUUAGAAAACAAAGAUGUGAGGACAUGGUAGACGUGCGGAGGCUGAAGAUGCUUCAGAUGGUGCAGUUGUUUAAAUGUGAAGAGGAUGCUUCUCAGGCAGUAGAGUGGUUAAGUGAACUUCUGGAUGCCCUGCUGAAGACCCACAUCAGAUUGGGUGAUGAUGCUCAGGAAACGAAGGUGUUACUGGAAAAACAUCGAAAAUUUGUUGAUGUUGCACAGAGUACUUACGACUAUGGCAGACAGUUGCUGCAGGCCACGGUCGUUCUGUGCCAGUCUUUGCGCUGUACUUCCCGGUCCUCAGGGGACACACUUCCUCGACUGAACCGAGUGUGGAAGCAGUUCACAGUAGCAUCUGAAGAGAGAGUGCAUAGGUUGGAAAUGGCUAUUGCUUUUCACUCAAAUGCUGAAAAGAUUUUGCAAGACUGUCCAGAAGAGCCUGAAGCAAUUAAUGAUGAGGAGCAGUUUGAGGAAAUUGAAGCCGUUGGGAAGUCACUUUUGGAUAGACUCACUGUCCCGGUGGUUUACCCCGAUGGAACUGAACAAUAUUUUGGGAGUCCAAGUGACAUGGCUUCUACUGCAGAACACAUCAGAGACAGAAUGAAACUGGUCAGUCUCAAAAGGCAGCAGCUGAGACAUCCCGAAAUGGUGACCUCGGAAAGCUAAUGUCCGCAGCUCCCACAGAUCUGCAGGUCAUAUGCCCACAUGUCUUUGCUGUUGGCAUACUGCUGUGAUAGCCACAGCUCACUAAGAUGAAUUUCCCAGCAGGAUAAGCCUUCUUCCUUCCCACAACACGUCUCUAAAUGCUAACACCUCUCAGCUACCGAGGCAUAAUCACAUAGCACGCUUUGAUGCUGUAGACUCCAGGUAUCUUAGAAGAAGGAACUGUAAACACUGCACUGAGUCCAUGCUUUCAUGCUUGACCUGACUUGUCAGUUUGUAGAUGAACAACUGAUAAUAAGCUUCUGAAUGGUGCUAAUCGGAGUUUAGGAAUUCUCUACAAAAACACGAUUGCCCUUCCUCCCCAGGUGAUGUAGAAUAUUUAGACCAUAGUUAGACUGUUAGUGGAUAGUGGUGUCCUCAAAAUUUUACUUUGUAAUUCUUAAAAUUUGAUUAUUUUUUAUUGUCUAUAUGAAGAAAACCCUUCAGAUCUUUGAUAUAUCAUAUUAAUUGAAAGACAUUUUCCUAUUGUAUUCAUAAUGUAUUAAAAGUUGUCUGUGCUUAAUAAAAGUCUUCUUUAAUUUGGUAGUUACAUCCUAAUUCUAAACACGAGUGCCUUACUAAAAGGGCAUUCUUAGGGUUGUGAGGAUGGGCUGAUCAUUUGGUUUUAAUGGUGGCUGCAUGUAUUUUAGGCAGGAAUUUCAUAUGUAUGCAUGUGUAUAUAAUAAAAAAUAAGCAUGUUUAUUGUGAAAAAAAUUAGACCUUUAAGAACAUAAUAAUAGAAGACUAUUUUUAAUUUUUCUCUUAAAAAAUGCUGUCCAAAUUGUUAACUACCCUAAAGAUGCCUGUCUUUGGGGAAGGAGGGCUGAGGAUGAAGGUAUGCUUAACUAUUUCAAUGUAAUCUUUUAUAUCACAGUAAUUACUCUGGAACUAAAGCAGAAAUUGUUAAUAAUAUUUAAUAUCUCAUGAUACUAGAGUCAAAAAUCAUCCUGAAGAAGUCUAGUCACAAAAACUGUACAGAUCUUUAGAAAUAAAAUUUGUCAUAAAAUGGUAA